CGUGAACAAAAUCCCAAAAUUUUACGAUAUGCAUAAAAGAAUGCAAAAGCGGACGGAAACUUCCAUACCCUUGCUGUAUCGUAUAUAAGCAAAGUUUAAAACCGGUGAAACGUAUUUUCACUUUUAAAUUGGGUGGAAGUAUUAGAAACAAGAAUGCGGCUCGAUAAAUCGCAGCAAGAUCUUUCGAUAACACAGCCGAAGGGAAUCGAAUUGGGUAGAAAAUGUCCAUUCUUGAGAGCCCAAGAAGGAGUGGAUUUAACGAACUUCACAUCGGGAAAGAAAACCACAGAUAUACUUCACAGUUUAUCAAAGCCUAUCAAAUGUUCCGAAAAGUCGUGCAAAGGGGCACUGAUGAGUGGUCAAUCGCAAGCACCUGGUUACAGGCCAGAAGAGGAAGUUCUAGAAGAAGCCUUCAACUUCCAAAAGCAAUACUUUGCAUUUUUGAAAAACUCCUCAGAUGAUGAUUUUCAAAAUCGAAUGAAUGAAAUAAAACACGAGGUAGCCAAAACUGGUACUUACUUUUUGAGUUAUGAAGAACUGGUUUUUGGAGCUAAGCUGGCCUGGAGAAAUGCUUCAAGAUGCAUCGGAAGAAUCCAAUGGAAUAAGCUGGAAGUUCAAGACUGUAGGAAUAUCACGUCUACGGCAGAAAUGUUCGAAGCUCUGUGCAGACACAUGAAGCACGCCACAAAUGACGGUAAUCUUAAGUCUAUGAUCACUGUAUUUCCUCCACGAAUGCCGGGCAGGGAAGAUUUUCGUUUGUGGAAUCCUCAAUUAGUUAAUUUCGCUGGAUACUUGCAGUCUGACGGAACCGUCGUUGGAGAUCCCGGAAGACUACACUUCACGAGAAUUUGCCAGCGCUUAGGAUGGAAGGGAAAAGGCGGCCGCUUUGAUGUCUUGCCAUGGGUUCUUUCAGGACCAGGAGAAGAGCCAAAAUUUUAUGAGAUUCCAGAGGAUCUUAUCCUGAUGAUACCAUUAGAACACCCAAAGUAUGAGUGGUUUUCAGAACUAGGACUAAAGUGGUAUGCUCUUCCAGCAGUGGCAGACAUGAUGCUAGACGUUGGUGGUAUAGCAUACACAGCAGCACCUUUCAAUGGAUGGUACAUGGCUACAGAAGUUGGAGCAAGAAAUUUUUGUGAUCAACAUAGAUAUAAUAUUUCCGAGGAAGUAGCUCAAAGAAUGGGAUUAGAUACGACAACUCCUGCAACUCUUUGGAAGGACAAGGCACUUAUUGAAACCACAAUUGCGGUUCUGUAUUCCUACCAAAAAAACAAAGUGACCAUAAUGGACCAUCACACUGCAGCAGAAACUUUCAUGACUCACAUGGAAACAGAGCAAAAGCUCCGUGGUGGCUGCCCCGCUGAUUGGGUAUGGAUUGUUCCUCCUAUUAGCGGAUCUGCUACGCCAGUAUUUCACCAAGAAAUGAUAACUUAUAACCUAAAACCGAGCUAUGAAUACCAGGAGAAAGCAUGGAUCACAUACAAAUGGCCCCAAAAUAACAACAUCCAACUAAAAUACAAGCUUGCAAGUAUUUCUAGGGUUGUCCAUACAUGCGUAUGCUUAAUAUCCAAGGUUAUCGGUGAUCGAGUUCAAGCAACCAUUCUUUUUGCAACAGAAACUGGCAAAUCCAAAACAUUCGCCAACAAACUGGGAAAAGUUUUACAGUCUUCGUUUAAUACAAAAGUGACAUGUAUGAAUGAUUAUGACUGCAAGGAACUGUUAAACGAAACUUUUCUUAUUAUUGUUGCAAGUACAUUUGGAAGUGGUGAACCACCAGAUAAUGGAAAAGUAUUUUGGGAUACACUGAAGAAACUGAAAGAAAGAAAAAUAAAGUUUAAAAAUCUAAAGUAUGCCGUGUUUGCCUUGGGAUCAAGUCACUACCCACAUUUCUGUAAAUUUGGAAAGGAUGUUGAUCAAAUUUUAGCUGAAAUUGGUGGGGAGAGGCUAAUGCCAAUCGAAUUAAGUGAUGAACUUCGAGGUCAAGAACAUACUUUCAACAAAUGGCUACCAGACCUUUAUAAAACUUCGUGCCAGGAUUUCCGUUUGGAAUCAGUUGAUGAACUAUUGAUCCCAGACAUGAAUGUUAGCAGUACGUGGAAGAAAGACCAUUUCCGCUUCGAGAAUGCGGAAAAUAAAGAGCGGAACAUAAUAGCAGAACUGGCCAAACUGCAUAAUAAGAAAGUGUUUCCGAUGAAAAUCUUGUCAAAAACGAAACUUCAAGCAUCCUAUUCUGACCGGCAGACGUUGCUAAUCCGUCUUGAAGCUAGCGAUCCUACGAUGCUAAAUUAUGAACCCGGAGAUCACAUAGCGAUAUUUCCAACCAACCCAUCGGCUGUAGUAAAUGCUGUUCUGAGAAGGAUUAAAAAAUCCGAAAUAAACUGUGAUGAUGUAAUACAGCUUGAAUCUUUCCAAGGUGGUAUGUGGAAACUAUUUGAUCGUCUUCCUCCUGCAAGUCUAAGAACAUACUUGAAAAAUUAUCUAGACAUCACAACUCCUCCGACAAGUAGUUUACUUUACCAUUUGGCAGAGAUGGCAAGUAAUCCAUGGGAUAAAUACAGGUUGAAAAGAUUAUCAGAGGUUACUGAUGAUUAUCAGGAGUGGAAGGCCUACAAAUACCCCCACCUCGCAGAGGUAUUAGAAGAAUUUCCGUCCAUCCACUUAGACCCUACUCUUUUGGUUUCCGAAUUACCUCUGCUUCAGCCACGGUACUAUAGUAUCAGCUCAUCCAAACUUGCAAAUUCGAAUGAAGUUCAUAUCACAGUGACUUUGGUAUCCUAUAGGAUGCAAGACAACAAAGGGCCAGUACAUCAGGGUGUUUGCACUUCUUACCUGAAUAAUUUCCCAACCGAAGAAAUACCUUGCUGUAUUAGAAGUGCCACAAGAUUUCGACUUCCAGAGGAUCCGAUGGCACCUGUUAUCAUGGUGGGUGCCGGAAGUGGCAUCGCUCCUUUCAGAAGUUUCUGGCAAGAAAGGGAGGCCAUGAUAAAGAAACAACCGUCAGAAAACAAAUCUUCAAAACAAUGCUUUGGUGCCAUGUAUUUGUUUUUCGGUUGUCGGCAGUCUACAGUUGACAAUCUUUAUAACGAAGAACUGGCAACUCUGGUCAAGGAAGGAGUAAUUGCAGGUGUCUUCACGGUAUUUUCUAGAGAACCUGGUCAACCGAAGGUGUAUGUCCAAGACAGACUUAAAAAGGAGUCUAAGCUGGUUUUGGAUUCUGUAUCUGAAGGAGGUCAUAUAUACGUAUGUGGUGACGCCGUAAUGGCGGCAGAUGUCCGGUCUGCAUUUGAAAGUAUCCUGCUUGCAGGAAAUGCUAUAACCAUCGAUAAACUCCAGGAAAACGGACGUUAUCAUGAAGAUGUCUUUGGAAUUCUGCACAGAAAAUAAGCAAAGAUAUAAAAAUAUAAUUUAGAUCACAUCUGUUGUGAUAUUACUUGUUUUUUAAACGUGCAGCACAAACUGUGAUGAAUUUUAGACUUAGGUUAUAUUUCACGUUUCUAGGUAUUUCCCGUUUUAAAUAUAAUGUGGAUUUUUAUAUGUGUGAUACGCAUCAUGUAGAAUGCGAUGCAUAGCAAAUACAUCUGUAUUUUUGAAUAAAUUUUUAAUUUUGUA